GCUCAGUCAGCAGGAUGACAGCAGAGACGUAUUUGUUGAGACAGUUACUCAUGUCACACAAAUGAAUGUUUUAUUAUUGGGAGUGGAUGGCAGUGACAGCCACGGAGAGGGAAUGAUUGUUUUGAAAAUUUGAUAUGACUUUAUGAAGAAGUUCAGAUGACAACAGAUCCCUGCACCGAGCAACAUCUGCCCAGAAUGACAGCAUGUCUCUUAGGUAAAAGUUCAGGGAGAUGGAGAAAGGGAUGGUGUGCCUCAGUGGCAAAAAGUCUGUCAUCCAAUCAUGCACUGAAGUCGCUGGUUCCCACCCUCUGCCUGGUGGUCGUGGUGAUAUAUGGGCUGGCUGACAAACUCCGAAACUUUGUGGCUGGCAUCUUCAUCCCUCAGUACCACUAUCCGUAUGCAGUGGCUCUCUGCUUUGGACAGGUCCUGAUCUCUCUCUUAGUCUUAAAUCUCCUCCAUGCCCUGCAUCUGGUGCCACUGAAGAAUUACUCCAGGCCUCUGGGUGAGAGGCUGUUGGUUCCUGCUAUCUGUAACAGCAUCCAUGCUGUUCUGGCCAUGUGGGCCAAGGCUAACAGCUCAUAUUCCAGUCUCUACGCCCUCAGCUUGACUCUAUACCCGAUAGUAACUGCAGGCUUUGGUUUCUGCCUGAAGCUGGCAUUCCCACCGUCUAUCCACAUCUAUGUUUUCAUUUCCAUCCUGAGUGGGACAUCGUUUGUCAUCACAGUCUCUCAGGGUCUGGCAGGUGUUGAGCAUCUGGACUACAUAUAUGCACCUCUGGCUUUAAUCCUCCAUAGUCUUUCUCUGACUUGGCUGGCUAAAGUAUCUGACGCUGAGCACCAAAACCCCCCUGGUGCCCAAGCCUCCGUUUUUGACAUCUAUUACACCCAGCUGGUCAACCAGAGCUGGGUGCUGGGUCUCCUGUGGCUGGUUCACCCGGACUCUCCCUGGAAGGUGUUCAGUCACAGCAGCUGGCGCACCCUACUCUUCCAUGGAUACCUACUCGCUAUUCUCCUGCUGGGGAUGGUGCUAAACUUCCUGGUCUGUAUAUCGGCUCUGUGUGUCUCACCGCUUGCCGCUGCAGUGUUACACUCAGCAAGACAGGUGGCACAGCCGUUCUUCCACCUUUUGUAGUUACAUUUGAAAGGGCUGAGAAGAAUUAUUGAUUGGUUUCUAGUGUAGUAGUGUAGUGUAACUGACCACACCGUCAUUUUAGUCUGUGGAGAAUAACAAUUUAACUUUCUUUCUUUCAUUUAUAGUAACAUGACCCAUGCUACUGAGGCCUUUUAGUAGUAUCAGCUGAGAUUAAACACAAAGUGUCAGCAGUAUUUAUGACCAUGAUAUCAUAUUACAUAUAAAAUACUAAUGAUUUACAGCUGGGACAGAUACUGCACAUGCCUUUAACACAUGUCCCGUUGUGCAGUUUUAUCACUCCUGCUCAUGCAAAAACCUAUAUGACGAUAUCAGAGUAGUGACGCAAUUGAGCACUCAUAUCUGUGCAUGUAUAUAACCAAAAGAUCUGAAGACCAAACUAUGUAAAGACAGAUCAUCUUGCUCUGGGUGAGUGCAAAACGUUAUUUUUCAUAAUUUUAAACAACAAUGAUAGAGAAGAGAGGCAGAGAGAUGUUUUCUUUCUACAUUAAUGUCAUAUUUCUUAAUGUAUAUAGUGUAAAUUUGAGGAGAAUUGUAGCAGAAUUUUAAAAUGACUGCCUAAAAAACAGAGAGUUUUUGAGAGGAGACACGUUUGGAGACUACCUACUGAUUCCCAACAGUAUUUAAGAGGUUUAAACUUUCAUGUUUCACUGGAUCUUUUUUUUUUUUUUUCAACCAAAGUUCUGUGGAAGUUUUCCCUAAAUGAUUCCGACAACUGUUUUUCGGAUGAGAAGGGAUAACGAUGAAGGUUGUUUAUACUGGACACAGACUGUUGAACUCUAUUACGUUCUAUAAUAUUUAAACUCAGGUCCUUGACUGCCUUAAUGUUUAACCAGACGUUAACCCUUGAAUGAAUCUGACUGCUGAGGUUUGUCGGAGGAGAUGGGGUCACGAUGAGAUGAGCUAAAUGGUGGGCACACAGAUUUCUUUAUAUCUACUAAGU